AUGCAGAUAUCAACGAUUCGCAGAGAGGACUAUGAAGCAGUCAAGGGUCAUAGUGAGUACGAAGAUCUCCUUCAAUGCAACAACCUCCCGAGUAGCGCAACCCCUCGUGGGCACCAGUUCCCCGCCGCCUUCAUGAUUGCUGCUAGCGGUUUGGAUGAGCACGGUCUAGGUUCUGAGCAGAAACAUCUGCCCUACACCCAUCUCGACAUCGCCGGCAGCGCUGGUGGCAUUGACGUCCUUCCAACCGGAGCACCGCUACUAAUGUUUGUCAAGGAUCAUAUUUACGUCGGCAGAAGGGAAUAG